GGGGUUGGAGGCAGUGGCCCAGUCCCAGGAGCCGCAAUUCCAGCCCUUUCCGGACCAGACCCAGGCGCCAGGCCCUUUUCACCUAGUUCUGCUCACUCCUUCCCUUUUCCAGGGCUCCACUCUGGCCGGGAGGAUGAAAGGCCUCAGCUGGGAGCUCCCUGCCACCAGCACUGGGUCCUAAGAGCUGCCAUCCAGGCUGGCCGCCCGGAUGGCGACCCCAGCCUCAGCCCCAGACACACGGGCUCUAGUGGCUGACUUUGUAGGCUAUAAGCUGAGGCAGAAGGGUUAUGUCUGUGGAGCUGGCCCUGGGGAGGGCCCAGCAGCUGACCCGCUGCACCAAGCCAUGCGGGCUGCUGGAGACGAGUUUGAGACACGCUUCCGGCGCACCUUCUCUGACCUGGCCGCUCAGCUACACGUGACCCCAGGCUCAGCCCAGCAACGCUUCACCCAGGUUUCCGACGAACUUUUCCAAGGGGGCCCCAAUUGGGGCCGUCUUGUGGCAUUCUUUGUCUUUGGGGCUGCCCUGUGUGCUGAAAGUGUCAACAAAGAAAUGGAGCCACUUGUGGGACAAGUGCAGGAUUGGAUGGUGACCUACCUGGAGACACGCCUGGCUGACUGGAUCCACAGCAGUGGGGGCUGGGCCGAGUUCACAGCUCUGUACGGGGACGGGGCCCUGGAGGAGGCACGGCGUCUGCGGGAGGGGAACUGGGCAUCAGUGAGGACAGUGCUGACUGGGGCCGUGGCACUGGGGGCCCUGGUCACUGUAGGGGCCUUUUUUGCUAGCAAGUGAGAAAGACUAGGGCCAGGUGGGGCUAGGUGUGACUAGGGGCCAGGAGAGCUGGGACAGAACAGAGAAUGCCCUUGGAAGAAGUUGGUCAUGGAAGAGAAGGGCAGGGAAAGGUAGAGUGUGAGGGAGCCAAGCAUGACAGGCAGGUGGCCAGGAGAGACAUAAAGGAAGGUUUCGAGGCCAGGAGCCCAGGAGAUGGAGUCAUCCCAGGGCUUGGGGGGAGGUGGGAGGGUUCAUGCCCAUACCAUGGGCACACAGGCUCCAAAGGAAGGUGAACCUAUUUAAAGAAUUGUGUCCCUGUUAGAUGAAUGGGGUGUAAGGAACCUAGAAUUCACCUCCCUUUGGAAUGGAAGCUUGGCGAGUAGGUGACUGGAUGAAAUGGCUAUGGCUGUGGGCUGCACGGAUGCUCAUGUGCAUGCCGGGCUGUUUGUCGAAUCUGGUGAUGGGAUAUUUAGAGAAAACAUUCCUUCUUGCAGUGGCAAGAAUUCGGGACAGUUCACUGCCCUUCCCCCCUCUGUCCCUACCCUUGACCUUGUGCCUCCAGGCUGAGGGAGGAAUACUGUAUCUAGAUGAGGGCUCUGGCACAGCUGAAAGUUGUUGGCAGGGCUUUGGAGACAAAAGUUCUGCAUCUGACCUUGUUCUUCACCGCCCCCCUUUGUGUGCAUCUUUGCACCUGGGCUGACAAGAGGGUUAGGCUGUGGAGCCUGGGUUGGUAGGGGCUUCAGUAGUUGGACCUGCCUGCCACCUUCCCCUCCACUGGGGGCACAAUGGUACCUAAAGUGUUGCCUAUUUCUAGGACCUCUCUAUGCAGCAGAGACUCUAAAUUGGGGCUCUAAUUUUCUUUUAGAGGAUGUGGACAUAAACGCUGAUCUAGAAUUCAGUUUGGGUCCUGAACGGUCUCAGUGAGUCUGCGAUGCCUUGAGAGGACCAUUCCAGCUCUGAGCCCCUGGGUGUGACAGUGACAGAUGCUCCUUGACUGGCUUAUUCUGUGUGGUGGGUGUUGGUGCUGCUUUAUCAGGGGCCAGGCAUAUGGGUUCUAGAGCACUUACCAUGACCUAAACACUUUGUUUCUUUUGAAGCCGUGCUCUUUGCAUGGGUAUUAUUGUCAAUACAGAGUCUCUGAAGAUGCUAACACUAGAACUCACAGUCCGGUCCUCUAGAACAAAUCCAGACUAUAGCUUCUUCUUUUGAGGGAGAAAAUUAUUCACUCCAAAUGCAUGCCCUGAGCCAGACCUCACUGCUGCACUUGCCGAGGUGCUAACGAUGCUGCUCUUCAAUGCUGACUUCCUUCACAGUGCUCUAGAACCGGACCUGUGAUCCUGAGCACUGAUCAGCUUAGCUAGACCACAACUGACUCGACUACUUUUCACUUGGUCCUAGAAUGUGGCAUCAUAUUGUGCUUGCUAGAAUGUGGGACCAAAUUGGCCUCAGGUGUUUAGUCCAGACUUUUGCUUUGGAGGGGGUUGCACUUUUAGAUAGUGUCUGUGGGGAUGUGGUAGACGGCAUGUGCCCGUUGGCCUGUUUCCAGUGUGCUGAUCUAAGAAACUCAGAGCUGUCUGUAGCAAGCAGCUGGAGUACGAGGCUCUCACUUGCUCAGGACAAACUAGGCCAGUGGUUUUCAAACUCCUGGCAGAGCCCUGAAGUGUUCUAGGGGUGGCCUCAGGAGUCCUUUAGGAAAUGAGGGAGUGGAGGGCUACACAGGCUUGGUGAUUUGCCCUCAGACAGAACAGCUCCCCUUGUAGCUGUCUUAUGUAUCGGGGUUCAGGGUAAGAUUUUAUUUGUGGUAAGGGCUCUGCUGCUGCAAAGUUGAAAGACCACUGACUAGACCAUCAGCUCCAGCUGGAGCCUGUACUCCUCCUUGUUCAGGGAAGAUUGUUCUACCCUUCCCACGGGACACCUACCCAAGUUAGCAUUCCUGGAAGCCUUUAGCAGACAGGAGCAGCGGGAACCAUGGUCGGUUACCAGCACGCUCUGCCCUCCAGCCUUCACACAGGGUGGAAGGAGAGGCUGUGUUAUGAGAGGGUAAAGGGCAUGGUCUGGAUUCCCAGAAGCUUAGCAGAGAUGGGACCAUAGUGAGGGGUUGUGACCUGUUCUGCCCUUCGUGUAAGGGCCAGUGGAAACCCAGAGAGUCUCCUGUCAGGGAAAACCAGGGACUGUCUUUAGAGCCAUAUAGUUCCUUUGGAUUAGCUCUUUGCCAAGAGGGCUGAGUAUGGCUCCCAAUUUUUAAAUCCAUUUCAUUUUUUUUAAUGAGGGAAAUGGAUAUAAUUUUUCAAAAACUAAAUAGGUGGAGAGGAUGUUCUUGCUUUCCAAAGCCCAAAGGGACAAAUAGGGACUUUGCUUAUAGGCCAAGGAAAGAGCGGAAGUGGGGUAACUCAGUCCUGCAUUUAUUAAUCCCACUCCCCACUUAUACUAGGGCAUACAUAUACUAUUUUACUUUUUUAAAUCAUAAACGGCAGGAGAACAGAUUUGGUUAGUUUAGAAGAAGAGAAAAAGCUCUAUAAAUAUAAAUAUAUAUUCCUGUAUUUUUAUUUAAUAAUUUAUAAAUGCCAAGUUCAUUUGACUUUUAUUUUUGUGUAAUAUGUAAUGGUCAUAUUAAAAAUAAAUAAAUAAAGCCCAGAAAUUUAAUGAGAAGUACUGAA